AUGCCGGUCCUCGAACGCCGCAGGCCGGCCCAGCGCCGCCCCGAACGACAGGUCGUGGACGACGACGACGUCGACCUCCCGCCCUACGAGCCCCUCGCGUGCCCCCUCACAGACCAAGCCAAGCGCGCCAUCUUAGAGCUCUCCAACAGCCGCGACGUCCACCGCUACGCAUCCCACAUCAAGCAGUCCAUCUCGAACCUCAGCCAGAGCGUCGCCGAGGUCAACGACGCCACCCGCGACCGCCACGAGCAGCUCCGGCGCAUCGCCACGAAGCGUGCCGAGUCGGACAGCAGCCAGGAAAAGUCGCAGCGCGAGGAGCAGGUCGAGGCGCACGCCGCCGCCCUGGACGCCGAGGUCCCCGGUCUCACGAGGGACGUCGAGGCCGCCCUGCGCGACCUGCUCGACAGGCAGGCGCAGGUCGAGGACGACAAGAAGGCGCUGGCGGAGACGGCGGACUACUUCCAGACUCUCCCUGCCGCGCCGGCGAGGGCCCGACGGAGACGGCAGCAGAAUGGAGACGAGGACGAGGAGGGAGACACCCAGAUGGAGGAUGAGGCGCCGCCGCCCGAGCAAUCCGUCAUCGACACCCUGCGUCAGCACCGGGCCGACAAGGCGCGGGAGUACCAGAACCUCAACGUCUACCAGCGCUACGCCCUCAACAACGACUAUGCCGGCUUCAAGAAGCUGCUGCACGACGCCGUACACGGCGACUCGGGCCCCACGCUGCCCAAUGCCAAGCGGUGGUUCGACGACGAGGGGAACCCCGUGAUGCCUCGUAUGGCCGGUGCUGCUCAAAAUAUUAAGGACGAGGGGGGCGCAGCGGACGACGAGGACGAGGACGAGGACCUGGUCAUUGCCGGCGAGAUCCGCGAUUACAGGUGUCCGUUGUCGAUGCAAGAGUUGAAGGAGCCCUUUAGCAACCGCGUCUGCAACCACACGUACGAGAAGCAGUGGAUCACGGAGAUGUUGAACAAGGCACCAAACAGGCGCGCACAGUGUGUCGUGGCCGGCUGUUCCAAGGAAUUCGGUGUGGAUGACUUUUACGACGACAACGUGAUCCUGCGCAAGAUGAAGCGCGCCCAGGAGUUGCAGCGGCUCGAAGAGGAGGAGGGCAGCAGCAGUCCAGACGAGGACGCCGAUGAAGACGCCCGGCGCCAGGUCAAACGAGAAAGGAGAAAGCGCAAGGUCGAGGCGAUUGACGACGAUGACGAGUGA